AUGGCAACCAGCUCCAAGGACGAGAGCGAGAAGGAGAAAGCCAAGACAAGGAUCCGCCUUGUUGAGUGUGGGGCUCUCGGAGCAAGUUCCCGUCCUGCUGGCCGAGCCGGCACGCAUGUGCAGUGGGCUUCAACGCCCACAGGGCAGUGGGUGCGUGUCUUCUCGACUACAGCCAUAGCCCCUAACCGGCAACGAGACAAGUCACGGGUAGAGAACAGCUUGGGUCUGGCAGAGUUUGGAGAUGCUUGGACAGAAUUUUACAGUACGAGUUCUGGUCUGCCGAUUGGAAGGGGCUAUGACCGGGUGGUUUAUGGCGAUCAUGGCCCUUACGUUGAGUUUUCAGCGCAUCAGCUUUGCUGGUCAACUUUCCCGGCUUUUGUUGAGAAGCCUGAAAUGAGCUUCUUUGAUGAGUACUACACCGCAGAUGGAUCGACUAUGCUUUAUGCGCAGAAGCGGACAGUCGUCAACAAGCCAAACCCUCCCAAUGGACCUUGGUCUGCGCAGAACAACAGACCAGAAGGAUAUGCGAACUACUUAAUCGGCAAGUUCUACUUGGCCUGUGAGCCUGACGUCAUCACGGUGAAUCGGCCAAGCACUAAGCCCAAACGCAAGAAGGGCAAAGGAGCUCAGGGAGCUCAAGGAGCGCCAGAGGUCGAAGCCGAAGCGACCGAGACCUGGUCGGACGAUGUCCUGUGGCACCAAGAAGACUGGCAUUGGCAAAAAGAAGACUGGCACUGGAGCCCCGAAGAACCCCCCUGGACCGAAGAUUGGUGCCACAGCGUCGAGCAGGCUUGGCAGUACCCCCAGGAAGACACUGCAGUCUCUCCGAACGACUUUGCUUAUGGCCCUUAUGCCUUCACUGAAGGGAGCACCAGCACUUCUGCAACUUGGAGCCCAAUCGUGCAAGAAAAGAAAGGUCCUAAUUGCCGGCACUGA